AUGGCCAGGGCUCCCGUCCACAGAAGGGCAUCCCCCCUCAAACGUCCUCAGCAGGGCAUCCCCCCUCAGCAGGGCUCCCGUCCACAGAAGGGCAUCCCCCCUCAGCAGGGCUCCCGUCCACAGAAGGGCAUCCCCCCUCAACGGGGCUCCCGUCCUCAGCAGGGCUCCCGUCCACAGCAGGGUAUCCCCCCUCAGGCAUCCCCCCUACAGCAGGGCUCCCGUCCACAUAAGGGCAUCCCCCCUCAGCAGGGCUCCCGUCCUCAGCAGGGCAUCCCCCUCAGCAGGGCUUCCCGUCCACAGCAGGGCAUCCCCCUCAGCGAGGGCUCCCGUCCUCAGCAGGGCAAUCCCCCCUCAGCAGGCUCCCGUCCACAGCAGGGCUUCCCGUCCUCAGCAGGGCAUCCCCCUCAGCAGUGCUCCCGUCCUCAGCAGGGGCUCCCGUCACAGCAGGGCAUCCCCCUCAGCAGGCUCCGUCCUCAGCAGGGCUCCCGUCCUCAGCGGGGCAUCCCCCUCAGCAGGGCUCCCGUCCUCAGCAGUGCAUCCCCCUCAGCAGGGCUUCCCGUCCACAGAAGGGCAUCCCCCCUCACAGGGCUCCCGUCCUCAGCAGGGCAUCCCCCCUCAGCAGGGCUCCCGUCCCACAGAGAAGGGCAUCCCCCCUCAGCAGGGCUCCCGUCCACAGAUGGCAUCCCCCCUCAGCAGGGCUCCCGUCCUCAGCAGGGCAUCCCCCCCACAGCAGGGAUCCCCGUCCUCCAGCAACGGGCAUCCCCCCUCAACAGGGGCAUCCGUCCCUCAGCAGGGCUCCCGUCUCAGCAGGGUAUCCCCCCUCAGCAGGGCAUCCCCGUCCUCAGCAGGAGGCAUCCCCCCCUCAGCAGGGCUCCCGCCGUAGCGGGUAUACCCCCUCAGCAGGGCUAUCCCCCCUCCAGCAGGGCUUCCCCCUUCUCAGCAAGGGGCAUCCCCCCUCAGCAGGGCUCCCCAGGUCCCGUCUCAGCAGGGUAUCCCCCCUCAGCAGGCAAUCCCCCCUCAGCAGGGCUCCCGUCCUUAGCAGGGCACCCCCCUCAUCAGGGCUCCCGUCCUCAGCAGGGCUCCCCCCUCAGCAGGGCUCCCAUCCUCAUCAGGGCUCCCAUCCUCACAGGGCUCCCAUCCUCAUCAGGGCUCCCGUCCUUCAGCAGGGCAUCCCCCUUAGCGUCCUCAGCAGGCAUCCCCCCUCAGCAGGGCUCCCCCUUAGCGUCCUCAGCAGGGCUCCCGUCCUCGCAGGGCAUCCCCCUUAGCGUCCUCAGCAAGGCAUCCCCCUUAGCGUCCUCAGCAGGGCAUCCCCCUUACGUCCUCAGCAGGGCAUCCCCCUCAGCGUCCUCAGCAGGCUCCCGUCCUCAGCAGGGCAUCCCCCCUCAGCAGGGCUCCCGUCCUCGCAGGGCAUCCCCCUCAGCAGGGCUUCCGUCCACAGCAGGGCUCCCGUCCUCAGCAGGGCAUCCCCCUCAGCAGUGCUCCCGUCCUCAGCAGGGGCAUCCCCCUUCAGCAGGGCUCCCGUCCACAGCAGGGCAUCCCCCCUCAGCGGGGCAUCCCCCCUCAGCAGGGCUCCCGUCCUCAGCAGGGCAUCCCCCCUCAGCGGGGCAUCCCCCCACAGCAGGGCUCCCGUCCUCAGGCUCCCGUCCUCAGCAGGGUAUCCCCCCUCAGAAGGGCUCCCGUCCUCAGCGGGGCAUCCCCCCUCAGCAGGGCUCCCGUCCUCAGCAGAGCAUCCCCCCUCAACAGGGCUCCCGUCCUCAGCAGGGGCUCCCGUCCUCAGCAGGGCUCCCAUCCUCAGCAGGGCUCCCAUCCUCAGCAGGGCUCCCAUCCUCAGCAGGGCUCCCAUCCUCAGCAGGGCUCCCAUCUUCAGCAGAGCUCCCGUCCUCAGCAGGGCUCCCAUCCUCAGCAGGGCUCCCAUCCUCAGCAGAGCUCCCGUUCUCAGCAAGACAUCCCCUGAUGUGGUUUGGCACCAGCCCUCAGCAGGGCUCCCAUCCUCAGCAGAGCUCCCAUCCUCAGCAGGGCUACCAUCCUCAGCAGGGCUCCCAUCCUCAGAAGGGCUCCCAUCCUCAGCAGGGCUCCCAUCCUCAGCAGAGCUCCCAUCCUCAGCAGGGCUCCCAUCCUCAGCAGAGCUCCCGUCCUCAGCAGGGCUCCCAUCCUCAGCAGGGCUCCCAUCCUCAGCAGAGCUCCCAUCCUCAGCAGGGCUCCCAUCCUCAGCAGGGCUCCCGUCCUCAGCAGAGCUCCCAUCCUCAGCAGGGAGAUUUUAUUAUCUGUAUGCCUGAAGUGGCCGAAGGUGAAGUUCAGUUCGGGAAUGACGAGCUGGCGCGGUUCUGGCGCGACGAAAAAUCGACCCGAUCGACCACGGCGGCCGCGGGGACAGCUAGCCCAAAACGCUCUCGCGAGAUGGAGAGAUAG